UUUUGAAGACGCGUGAUUUUGUGUAUAAAUACUCAGGACUUCAUACCUAAAUAAUGAAGACGGCUGCAACGAUGUAAAUUAUGUGUGUACCAAGUCAUGGAACCCUACUUUUUGAGUUUACUGUUGACUUCAUUUCAAUGAGUUAGCAACCACAAACCAUCGCCAUGGCAACUGUGGAGGGAGAUAGUAAAUCCUGGAGUAACGCCCAAGCUCUUCAGAAGAAGGAAGAGCUGUAUACAAUGGGCAAACUAGGCUUUGGCACACGUGAUUUACAGAAGCGUUAUGAAGACAUCUUGGGCCCACUGACCCUGUUUGCUCCUUAUUUCCAUGAGAAGGCUGCUGAGAAAGUUGAGUUGGACAUUGAACGGCCAGUAACUCCCAUUGAUGAGAGUAUCAAGACACCUCCUACUACAUUCAGUCAAUUAGCUAAGCUGAUUCGUCGUAGGAUAGCUGCUAAGCCAGAAGUCACUCACAUCACCAUGGAGGAUCAACAUACAUUGGCUGGUAUCAUCAUGGGAGAAGUCAACUGCAUCUGGCCAGAUCUCAGACGGCAAGUGGACGAUCCGUUCCUGACUGCAAAUGAGAAUAAGGAACUGCAGAGGAGAAUCACGGUUCAUAUCGUCACGGUGUGUGAGCAGUUGUUUCUACACUACGUGGAAAAAGCUAAGAUUUUGGAUGAGAGAGGAGUCUUCAGCAAACGAGCCAAUAUGAGCAGGCUCAAUGCCCAACUCUCGCUGGAUGCAAACAAAUUCCUGAACAUCUUAGCUGUUCGUCGUCACAUCGUUGCUGAUAUCAGAGGCGUCUUGUCAGAUUCUGAGGAGGAGUACCCUGAUGAUGCACCACCUGAAGAAGAGGUAGCUCCACUUUCUUACCAGAAACUGAUUGAGACAAGCCGUCCGAAGCGCAAGAAACGUUAUCGUCAGACGGUCGACCGUGAAGUGCGGGAUUUGAAUCGUCAGAUGCCGGCCAUACAAUCCCAUAAGGUGCUAGACUACCUACCUGAUGUGGAUAUCCUACAGAGAGGGCUAUUAGAGCAAAAUUCUGCUCAGAGGAGGGCGUCGAUACAUGCUGCUAGGAUGCAAGGAGAGAAGGAGGCACACAGGAGGAGGAGUAUAAUGGAUCAAGAGAGGAAACCCGUCUUCCAUCGCAAGAUGAGAAGAGCUAAAUCCUUGGAAGUGUUUCCUGUCGAAACCAUCUUUGAAGACCUGGGCAUUGAGUACAACACUGUUCAUAAGCGAAGACCUAGCCUGGAAUUCGACCCCAAACUUCCAGAGAAACCAAAGACGACCGAAGAAGAUGUCUCCAAAUCCAAGGACUCCCGAGAGUACUUCCAGCAAGAUCUGAAGAAGCUAUCCAGAUAUCGAUCAGCUAGGGAUGAAGGGAAAGAUGAGCAGUUAGCGGAGGAUGAAGAUCUACCGCCUCUCUUGCAGGCAAUCUCACUAACAGACAGAGCUGAUGCAAGAAGGGAAGAGUUGAGGAAACAACUGAAGAAGAUUGAAGAGGAACGAGCAAUCCAAGAGAGAAAUGAACGUAUUGAGAUUUCCGAGCCUACCCACCCUCAACCUGCAACCGUCACCACCAGAAUGCCCAACAAGUCAGUCGUCCGUACCUCAGACGUGCGUGUGUCAGAGCGUGUCAGCCUUUCAUCUAUCACACUGAAACUCAACACCACCGUCUUCAAUGAGCUCAAUGAUGAUGUAAAUGGCAACACUAUCAAGAAACUGGACAGUAACCUGUUCCGUGGUCAAGAGAUUAAUGAAGUGUACAGGGAGAUCAUGAAGACGUUGUCUACUGACCACUUAGCCUAUGAUCAGGAUAAGUUUAUGGAGCAGUCAUCCAGCUACCAUGCCUUAGCAAACCACACCAUCCUAGCAUCCUCCAUGCUGCAGAAACGUGGUCAAGAUAGAGUGCUGAACCCAGUCCUGACUAAGACAGAGACCCCACCCUGGGGAGACGACAGAGAAGAAUGGUCCAAGAGUCCCAUCUUCAACGCCACGUUUGCCAAGAAACCCACCGCCCAACAAGGCUACACCCUUGCCACCAGCACCCUCCUAGAAUCCUUAACACCCAACAUCAACCUAGGGGGUGGCACCCCCGGGCAGGACCUAGCUGGAACCAGUUCAGGCGGGUUGGAUCUGGAUGCAACUGCUAUGGGUAAACCGGUCUCUCAAGGCUUGAUGGACGACAGGAAUGCGAGGUCCUAUGCUUCGUGGCUUGCGUGGUGGAAGAAUACCAUCAGCUGCGAUGAUUACACCAAGUAUUUAUCUACACAGGAAACUGAUUUUCUGGGAGCAGUAUUUCACAUGUACGAGAGUGACGAUGAUGAAGGGGAUGCCAAUAAAUCUGAUAAAGAUGUCCUCAGCUCCUCCAAAAUGGCCAAGCAAAGAGAUCGAGACGAGAGACUGAAGGAACUGAAGAAUCAGAAGACCGAUUUCCAGUCAGGAAUGUGGAACGUCAACUCGGUCUUGAUGGGAGGACUUGGCAAGGAUCCAGAAGUAGAAGAAGAAGAGGAAGAACCGGAGGAAUCAGAAGGAACAGACUCCAGAGCUCGUUCCCGCCGCGCUCACUCGCGUUACUUACUCCGGACUACAUCAAGAGGCUCAGCUAAAUCCACUACGAGCUCAGUAUCCAAGAGUGCAACGUUGAAGGUCCCUGGAUCCCGAGGAGGAGACGGAGGCAAGCGAUCAGUCUCAAGAUUGUCAUCCAGGGCAACCAUGAGGGAUCUUACCAGUCGUCUGUCAAGCACCAAAUCUCUGCAGACAUCUGCCGUUCCUGAGCCACUGACUUCCCAGGAUAGAUUGGAGGCCAUCUGGACCUCUCUACAGAUGCCUGACAAUCUCAAACUAGACAUGGCCAUCAAAUACAGCUCAGAUGACCACAUGGACAAACUAGAGAGUGCCAUUGAUGCUUGGGAACUUGCUACUGAAGUCAUCUUGCAACGAGAAGCAAUCCUGACCAGACUGGAAACAUUUGAGAGACUGGCCUCUGAUCCUGACAGAUUCUUCCAAAAAGGUCACAGAGGUUCCUCAGUAGCACGUUUGAAGGAAGCGAGACAACGCAGCGAGCUCUACACAAGACUUCAUGAUCUGGAUGUCCAUGUCAGAGACAAAGUUCAGUUAGUCCAUAAGAAGUUUGCUGACGUUCCCACAUUCCAGGGUCGUCCUUACCUCAACAAGAUGAAAGUGGACUGUACCGAGAUGCUGUAUUGGUUACAACAAGAGAGGCGUCAAUACGCUUUGGAUCAUUCCACGCUGGCGCAGGGGGUUAAACUCCCAGUAGCCGAUCUUUCCUCUUUAUCAUCAGUCACAGCAUCGUCAACAGCUUGAGCUGUAGAUUAAAGGGAAGAUACAACAUUUGCAAACAUCAAAAAACGGCGUGAUCAAAUUAUCAUGAAAUACCUUACUGGAUUGUUAGGGAAUGACAGUCAAAAGCAUCCUGUAAAAUUGUGGCUCCUGGU